AGGAGCACCACAAGCUCAAAUACACCGACGAAGCACUGGCUGCAUGUGUGAAGUUUGCCUCACAAUAUAUUCAAGACAGAUUCCUACCCGACAAGGCCAUUGAUGUCCUUGAUGAGACUGGCGCUCGUGUGCGGCUGCGCGAAUCUUCCAUUCUUCCAGAGGAGGCCAAAGAAGCGCAGCAGAAACUCAAGGAGGUCAUGGGAAGCAAGGAAGAAGCGGUGAGGAAUCAAAACUAUGAGUUGGCAGGUGAGCUGAAGGCCGAGGAAGCAGGCUUGAGAGCCAAGAUCAAGAGCAUCAUCAGCGAAUCCAAGGCCAGCCUUGCUGAUGAUGAGGAUGAUGAGGACGACGUUGAGGACAAGCCUCGUAAGGAGAUUCUGGUGACAGAGGCAGAUGUUGCUGCUGUUGUCUCCAAGUGGACCGGAGUUCCAGUGGAAAAGGUGUCUUCAGAUGAGGGCGCAAGACUGGUGAAAUUGGAGGAGGUCCUCCACGGCCGUGUCAUUGGCCAAAACGAAGCCGUCACGGCCGUGGCCAAAGCUGUGCGACGUGCUCGGGCGGGGCUGAAGAAUCCAAAUCGGCCCAUUGCAUCCUUCAUUUUCUGUGGACCAACAGGAGUGGGCAAAACAGAGCUUUGCAAAGCUCUUGCUGCUGCUUACUUCGGCAAGGAGGAAGCCAUGAUCCGGUUGGAUAUGUCUGAGUUCAUGGAGCGCCAUACGGUGUCCAAGCUCAUCGGCAGCCCUCCCGGAUACGUCGGCUACGAUGAAGAGAGCCAGCUCACGGAUGGCAUUCGCAGGAAGCCAUACAGCUUGGUGCUGUUUGACGAGGUCGAGAAAGCGCACCCAGAUGUCUUCAAUCUCAUGCUUCAAAUCUUGGAGGAUGGUCGACUGACCGACUCCAAGGGCCGGGUGGUUUCCUUCAAAAAUGCACUCAUCAUCAUGACUUCCAACGUAGGCGCCAAGGCCAUUGAGAAGGGCAUCCAGGGCGGAGGGGGCAUUGGCUUCUCCGGCCUUGAGGACGGCGAUGAUGCGGAAACCUCCAGCUACAAGCGCUUGAAGACCCUUGUUUUCGACGAGCUCAAGAACUUCUUCAAGCCAGAGUUCCUGAAUCGACUUGACGAGGUCAUUGUCUUCAGAUCACUCACCAAGCCAGAAGUGAGCCAGAUUGCUGAGUUGGAGUUCAAGAAGACCUUCGGCCGCACCAAAGAGCGAGGCAUCCACUUGCGGAUGACUGACAAGUUCAAGCAAAAGGUCGUAGAUGAGGGAUUCAACCCCACCUAUGGAGCACGACCAUUGCGCCGUGCGAUCAUGCGAUUGGUUGAAGACGAGCUGGCAGAGUCAUUUUUGAAGGAGCCCACUCGGGAGGGCGAGCACAUCCUUAUGGAUGUCAACGCAGACGGCAACGUCAUGAUUCUCCGGGACCAGCCGGCCCCGGAGGGUGAAGCAGAUGGUAACGGAGAGGAGGUGAAAGUGGUGGAGACGACAGCAGCCUAAAUCUCGCCAGUAGAGUUUUGACCCUGUACUGUUAAUGGUAGACGUGCACAGAGACAUGCGCGGUG